CAGCGUCUAAAGACCUCCUCAGUCCUUCAAUGCAAUGUCUCCUUCCCUAAACCUUCCACCCAUGCCGCAGAUUACAACCCAAUGAGUCUGAUCUCUUCCUUUCUUAUUGAUCCUGUGGUGCGGCACACACGUCGUUGGUCGGCCACCGCCUUGCCGGAAGCGAGCCAUGACAUCGCUCGACAUGGACUUUCACGUGAAAGCGAACCAGACCACGCAGCAGCAGAUGCCAUUGCCACAACAUCACGUGUCGAAGAUGCUCCCCAAACAGGCGAUGGGAGGCCUACAAUUCUAGUCCACCGAAUACGACAAUUCUCGUCAUUUACUCGUCGACCGCAUGAUGCUGUGGUGGAAGAGGAGGAAAUCGAGGGCGAGUUGAGCGCAUCGAUGACAGCACCGAUGGACAUCCCGGUCGACGCCGACAUGUCGUCGAAUCCAUCUCGCACUCGCACACUCGAACGUCAGUUUCACCGACUUGAUUCUGAGCCGCUGGUCUCGAGUGCGCCCACGACACCUAUAACACAAAGCGCGAGAUCGAGUCUUGUUGCUGGCCAGCAUGCGGGUGGUAUGUCGGAAUCCCUGCCUGCGGACGAUGGCAUGGCGCAUUUCCGCGCCCGCAUCCAUCAAAUCAGGGACUUGAAGAUUACCGACCAUGAGCGCGCGCGGAUGGUCCACAAUCUCAUGACAGAGCGAUACAACUUGAUGCGCCCGACAUCACCGAGUAGUUUCUACGAACGUCCACAUACGCCUACUUCUGGCCGGUCUGUCUAUUCAGACGUCAAUGCCUCCUCACCCAACUCCGCUGCGUCCGAUGUUGAUCCAGAGAACCCAUACAAUUUGCGAUCGGGCGAUACCAGUCCAACAUAUAGACCCAGCGUCGAGCAUGGAAAUGCAGACCAUGGCGAGGAAGAAGAAGACGAAACUACAGAAGGAGAACGUGUGCUGGGCUGUCAACACUACAAGCGGAAUGUGAAAGUGCAAUGCUAUGAGUGCCGGCAUUGGUACACUUGUCGACAUUGCCAUGAUGCAGAAGAAACCCACAACCUGGACAGGAAGAGGACGCAGAAUAUGCUUUGCAUGGCGUGUGGGACACCUCAAAGCGCAGCCGGACGCUGUGAAAACUGUGGAAUACAAGCAGCGUGUUACUAUUGUGACAUUUGCAAGCUUUGGGACAACAACAGCAAGAAGAAAAUCUAUCACUGUGCGGACUGUGGUAUUUGCAGGAGAGGCGAGGGUCUGGGGAAGGACUACUCCCAUUGCAAGAAUUGUAACGUCUGCAUAUCCAUAAGCCACGCCACGUCUCACAAGUGCCUCCCACGCGCGACCGAUUCGAAUUGUCCCAUCUGCGGCGACUACCUGUUCACCUCCUCCAGCGCCGUAGUAUCCAUGCCCUGUGGACACUACCUGCACAAAGGCUGCUACAACCUCUAUAUGGAAACCGCGUAUAAAUGUCCGUUAUGCAAGAAGAGUGCGGUGUGUAUGGAUUUGCAGUGGCAGAAGCUGACCCAAGCCAUCGAGAGUCAACCGAUGCCAGAACAAUUCGAGAACACUCGAGCGAUUGUGCAGUGCAACGACUGCUCAGCAAAAUCGUCAGUCAAGUAUCACUGGCUUGGCAAUCAAUGCGGUACAUGUGAUUCCUACAACACGAACGAGCUGCGUAUCCUUAACGGUCCAGAAAGUGAGGAGGCUGCCAACGCGAUCUUGGAUGCUGAUGCAGACGAUGGCGCGCGAUCACCUAUCAGUGUGAGCUCGCCCACCAACCAGCCCCUCCGUUCACCUCGAUAUUAUUUCCAACCUGAAGAGCCAGAAGAGACAUGGCUACCCGGUCAACUUCCCUCGUUUCCUUUUCAGAUGCCGCAAUUCCCCGGACGACCACGCAUGCUGCAGAUGCCACAAAUGCCUCAAAUGCCGCAAUUCACAUCCGGACGGCCACGCAUGCCGCAAUUCCCUUCUUUACCGCAACUCCCACAGUUUCCGAACAUGCCAGAUACACAGCAAUUACUUGACAGAGUCCGCAGGUCAUUCGAUGCGUAUCUUAAUCCUACAGGUGAAAUCCGCGCAGAAGACGUGCCGUUCAUCGAUCUUGUAGACGAUGAUCGGAGAGAACGACGGGCUACAGACGGUACGACUGUCAAAGAGCCGUCACUCCCUCAGUACGUCCUGGAGCGGUUUACGCAAUCGUUGGCACGCUUUCGAAACGACUUGAAUCCCGGCAUGGAAGACAUUCCUUCGCUGGACCUCGAUGAAGAUCUUGGACCUGAAGAACUACAAUCCUGGGUUGAUCAUGUACCAGCUGGCGACGAAGACGAUGAGGAUGAGGAGAGCAGUAGCGAUGGGAGUGCCGUUGAAGACGAUGAUGAGGAAGAUGAAGGGGAUACAAUCGUUGGACAUUGGGGGUUGGAUCUACCUGGACAUCGAUAGCAUGGGAAUAGGGCGUUUUGGUCAUGGUAAAAGCUGUUUGUCGUAUUCGCAUUGGAGUAAAGGUAUUGGUCUUAGAAGAGCAUCAACGAGGGCAUCACGGAGCACAUCUUUAUCUUCUUAGACAGUGUACGACUACCUAGCAUCCUGUAUGAAUACGAUCUUCUUAUCAUUUCGUCUGUGCUAUAUUCGAUAUUAUGAAGCCUAGGAUCUC